AUGCGCCGCCUCCACCUCGCCGCCGUCCUCCUCGUCUUCCUCCCCCUCGCCGUCUCGGCCGCCGGGACAAAGGAGGCGGCGAAGGCGCCCGCUGCGCCGCCAGCCCCGCCGAACAUCACGGCGGCGAUGGCCAAGGGCGGCUGCAAGGCGUUCGCGGCCCUGGUGGCGGCAUCCCCGGACGCGCGCUCCACGUUCCAGUCGGCCGGCGACGGCGGCGUGACGGCGUUCUGCCCCAGCGACGACGCCGUCAGGUCGUUCAUGCCCAGGUACAAGAACCUGACCGCCGACGCCAAGGCGUCGCUGCUCCUUUUCCACGCCGUGCCCGUGUACUACUCGCAGCGGAGCCUCAAGUCCAACAACGGCGUCAUGAACACGCUCGCCACCGACGGGUCGGCCAACAACUUCAACUUCACGGUGCAGAACGAGGGGGAGCAGGUGACCAUCAAGACGGACGCCUCCGACCACGCCGCGCGGCUCAAGUCCACGGUGUACGACAAGGACCCCAUCGCCAUCUACGCCCUGGACACGGUGCUCGAGCCGGUGGAGCUCUUCGAGCCAGCGGAGUCGCCUGCGCCGGCGCCGGCUCCCGCCCCUGUCGCGGACGCGCCCAAGGCUCCCAAGAAAACUCGUCACCGGCAUGUGGCGGACGCGCCCGGGCCGGUCGUCGCCGCCGACGACACGUCGCCUGCGGACCAGAAGAAGAACUCCAAGAAGAGCGCGUCGCCCGCUGCCCCAUGUCUACGGUGGCUCGCAACCUUGCCCGUCGCCGUGGCCAUGGCCGCCGCCUUGGCCUAG